GGCCAGGGGAAUCAUGGGAGUUGUAGUAAAACCUCCUCAAUGUAUUCCUAUGUAAUGGCUGCCUGGGCGGAGAAUUGCAGAUGCCACAAAGGAAACUAAUCUCCACUAACUGAAUGGUCAUCAAGGAUGUGAACUCUGCUCUUUUUUUCUAGCUGGGUGAAAAGUUUAACAGCGUGGGCUUGCACCUCCUUUGGUUUUCAUGAUGGCAGCAACUAGUGGAGAAAGCCAGCUACAGAGGAUUAUCAGAGAUUUGCAAGAUGCUGUGACAGAGUUAAGCAAAGAAUUUCAAGAAGGAGGGGAACCAAUCACCGAUGACAGCAUCAGUUUGCAAAAGUUUUCCUACAAGCUUGAGUACCUUUUACAGUUUGACCAGAAAGAAAAGACCACACUGCUGGGGAACAGAAAAGACUACUGGGAUUACUUCUGCGACUGUCUGGCUAAAGUCAAAGGAGCUAAUGAUGGGAUCCGCUUUGUUAAGUCUAUUUCAGAGCUCAGAACAUCUCUUGGUAAAGGAAGAGCAUUUAUACGUUACUCCUUAGUACACCAAAGGCUGGCAGACACCUUGCAACAAUGUUUUAUGAAUACCAAAGUAACAAGUGACUGGUACUAUGCAAGAAGUCCAUUUCUGAAGUCUAAAAUGAGUUCUGACAUUGUGGGUCAACUCUAUGAGUUAACUGAGGUUCAGUUUGACUUGGCAUCAAGAGGGCAUGACUUAGAUGCUGCUUGGCCAACAUUUGCCAGGAGGACAUUGUCCUCACAUGGCUCUUCAGCAUAUUUGUGGAAGCCUCCAAGUCGCAGUUCAAGCAUAAGUAGUUUAGUGAGCAACUAUUUGCAGACACAAGAGUUUCCAGGUAGCCCUGAUGCAAAUAACUCACUAAAUGCUGAACACGUGGAGGGCUUUGAAGAGAUGCGUGUGGAACUUGACCAGGGAGAGCUGAGGCAGAGGGAGCUGCAGGACUGGAUUAAUCAGCUAGAGAAGGAAAACCAGGAGCUGCAGGCAGCCGUCAGCCUUCAGAAAGAACAAGUGCAAGUGGAAAAGGAAAAGAGCAGCAACUUCAGAGAGGAGAACUCCAGACUGACAAAGACGAUAGCGGAGUUACAGAAACAGUGUGAGGUUUCCCACUCCACUCAGAGCACUGUUCAUGACCUACAAAAAUGUGUGCAGGCAUUAGAAGUGAAUGCAGCCGAGCAGCAAAAGGAAUACCACACAAGGCUUGAGCAAAUGGAGUCGAGUAAGAAGGACUAUGCCUCAGAACUGCAGCUCUUGAAUCAGGAGCUGGAAACCACCAGGGCUUCGGUCAGCAUGAAGGAUCUCCGCAUCAGUGAGCUCCAGACGAAGCUAAGUUCAACAGAGCAGAAGAAUCUAGAGCUCAUUGCAAAAGUCGAUGCCGUCUUGGAUGAAAAAGGACAACAAACCUCCACCCAGUAUGAGACUACCCUAAAGAUCCAGGAAUUGCUGGAGAAACUUCACCAGGCAGAAAAGGAAAAGGCUGACAUCCAGAAACUAAAUAACGAACUUCUGUCUCAGGUAAAGACAGCGAGAGAGGAACUGCAGCUGAACGAGGGGGCACAGAAAGAACUGGAAUCCAGAUUUAGUUGCCUCGCCACGGACUCCAAAAAAGAGAGUGAAAAACUGCUCAUGAGCCUGGAAAUGAUGGCAAAGGAAAUGGAUACAGUUCAGGAGGCGCUGACUGUGAAAGGAAAGGAGGUGGCUGAACUCCAGAUCCAGCUGAAGGGUUCACUGGCUCGUGUGGGGUCGCUGGAAAAAAAUCUUGAAGAGACCAGAAGAGCAAAAGAGAAUCUUCAGGAAGAGUGCAGCUGCAGGGAAGCUGUGCUGAAGCAGGAAGCCAGAACCUUGGCAGAGCAACUUGAGCUGCGGAAGGAUCAUUUAUCAAAGCUGAGUCAGAACGUGCACAGCCUAGAGGAGCAAAACCAAAAACUCCUCUCCAGCAACGAUCACCUCCUCCAGAAGGUAAAGGACAUGGAGGAGCUCGCAGGACAGCAAAGCUUGGCACUGAACGAAAUUGGUGAAGAAAGCAAGAAACUGAAAUCUGAGAAUGUAAAUCUGCACCAAACCGAGGAGAAGAUGAAAGAGAAGCAGAAAAACCUGGAGGCAUCUAAAGCCUCUUUGGAAGCUGAGCUGGCCAGGCUGAGGGCAUCGGAGAAACAGCUCCAGAGUCAGAUUGACGAUGCCAUGGUGUCGGUGGAUGAAAAAGAGAAAAAGCUCCGGGAGCAGAACAAACAGUUGCAUGAAGACUUGCAGAAUGUCACAAGGCAAAAUCAGAUCCUGGAAGAGAGGCUACAGUCUCUGCAUUCUGAAUACCAAGAACUGAGGCAAAGAGAAGAUACCAUCAAGGAGUCUUUAGCUGAAUUGCAAACAGAGCACAAGAGUGCCAAACAGCAUGGUUUACGGAUGGAAAAGAUUCUGUUUUCCUUGAAGGAAUGUGAAGAGUCUCUUAGGUCACAGGUUACAGAGAAAGAUGUGACACUGCAAGGCAUAGAGAGCCAAUGCAAGCAGCUACAGGCAGAAAUUGAGAUGUACCGAAAAAAAGCGGAGUCUCUUGAGGUGGAAAAGCUAAGUAUGGAAAAAACAUGCCUUCAUCAAAUAAAAUUGAUUGAAUCCCUUACUGGAGAGAAGGAUUCAGUGGAGAAGGCCCAGCUGGAGCAGGCAGCAUGUCAGGAGAAAGAGGCACAAGAGUUGGCUUCCAGGCUAGCCGUGUCUGAAAAGCAGCUGCACAUUAACCAGAGUGAAGUGUCCAGGUUGCAGGCAGAAGUGAUUGACCUUCGAGCCAAGCUUCAGCAGACAGCUGAUGAGAGAGAGAGGGUGCAAGGCAAGCUGGAUGUCACAGAGGCAGUUUUGGGGGAACAAAAGACACUGGUCCAGCAGCUGAAAGAGCAGAGUGAGUCACUCAACAGCAACCACGUGCAAGAGCUGGUACAGUGUAAAGAAAGAGAGGAAACUCUGAAAAAAGAGCGGGAAAGGGAAGCCCAUCAAAAGGCUGAGCUGGAGAAGAAUGUGCUGAGUCUCGGGGAAGAGCUGUCCAACGUUAAGCAGUAUUUGGAGACUGUUAAAAUGGAAAAUGUAGAAACCAAUGACCUGCUCCACAGAACCAACACUGACAUGGCUGAACUUGGUAUUCAGAUCUGUACCUUGACCUCUGAGAAGGGGGAUGCAGAAGAGAAGCUGGCCCGGGUCACUAAGAAGCUCAGGGAAUUGGGUGAGCAAGCAGCAAAGGAGCAGGAGAGGCUGCAACUUGACAUCUCCACGCUCAGGCAGGAGAACCAAGGCCUGACAGAGAAACUAAAGGAGACUCAAGUAUGUGUUGCCGCUGUUUCCAGCCUGCAAACACAGCUGGAGGUGGCAGCGAAACAGGCCCAACGCUGCCAAGAGACCAGCGAAGAAGAGCUGUCUGCAAUAAAAUUUCAAAUGAGCACAGAGAUUAUAAAUUAUCAGACAAAAUUCAAGGCUGUCAGUGAAGAAUGCGAGAAAGUAAAAGAGCAGCUUGAGGAGCAGAAACGACAGCUGUGUGCUGCAGAGGAAGAGAUUGCAGAGCUUCACGCUGUAAACACUGAUCUGUCUAGCAAACUGGAGCGUGCAACAGAGCAAUUGACUGAAUAUGAAUCCACCAGGUUAAAAAAAGACGAGGAGGUGAUGUCACUGAAAAAACACUUGGAGAGGACCCAAAAGGAAGUUGACAAAGCGAAUGAGCAAGUCAAAGAGUACGGUGACAAACUCAACAAGGCGACAGCAGACAGAAACAGCAAUGAUCAGAAGUUGUUGGCCGAGCUAGACGAUCUAACUAGAACAAAGCAAUUCCUCGAAGAACGUUUGAUAGAACUUCUCAGGGAUAAGGAUGCCCUUUGGCAGAAAUCAGAUGCACUGGAAUUUCAGCAGAAGCUCUGUGAAGAGCAAAGAUGGCUCGGUGACACAGAAGUAAAUCAUUGCCUGAGCUGUCAGCGAGAGUUUACUUGGAUGAUACGCCGACACCACUGCAGACUGUGCGGUCGCAUUUUCUGCUAUUACUGCUGUAACAACUACAUGAUGACCAAACACAGUGGCAAGAAGGAGCGUUGCUGUAGAGCUUGCUUCAAUAAACCUAGGGUGAUCGUGGAUUACACGGAUGACUUUGGAUCCCGUGCCAGCCAAGAAGAACCACCAGCUCUGCUAAAUUCACCAGUGUCUCCGACCCAGGAAGGUACAGUUACAAAUGAAACCUCCAAACCACCAGAUGAUGCAGUGUUUGAUAUAAUCACAGAUGAGGAACUGUGCCAAGUGCAGGAAUCUGACUCUGUCCAUAACGAAAGUCAAGCUGAAGUAGAGUCUCUGGACCAGAGUGACACAGAUCUAAACAGCACAUAUAAUUCUUCGACCUUGGAUGACUCAGAAGAAUUGCAAGUGGCCCAAGAUGCUGAGAUAUGUUUGCUGAAGUCAGGAGAACUGAUGAUAAAAUUACCCCUUACAGUUGAAGAGAUUUUAAAUUUUGGGGAAGACAACAGGGAGCUGUUCAUUAAGUCCAGCACCUACAGCACCAUCCCUAUAACCGUGACAGAGACUGGCCUUACAAUCAGCUGGGUGUUUUCAUCAGACCCAAAGAGCAUAGCAUUCAGCGUUGUCUACCAAGAAUCAGAAGAAGCAAUGCUGGAUCAGUGCAAAGUACUCAUUCCUAUGACCCGCUGCAACUCUCAUAAGGAAACUAUCAGAGGACAGGUGAAAGCGAGAAACUGUGGUAUCUACAUACUGAUAUUUGACAACACCUUCUCUAGGUUUAUCUCGAAAAAAGUAUUUUAUCACUUGACUGUUGAACAACCUGUGAUCUAUGAUGGAAGUGAUUUUCCAUAGCCUUGAAUAUAUGGUGUCCUUUUUUAAUGAUAUUUUUAAGAAACACUAUUAUUUAUAUGUAUGUAAGCACUAAAAAGAUUGUUGUUUGAACACCUCCUUAAGCUAUGCAGUAGUUACAAAACAAAGCACUUACAGUGUGUUUACACAAAAGAAAGAAACCCUUCACAGGAACACUAGUGGCUCGAUACUGUGUAGAGAUUGCUCAAAAGCCAUGUUGUUUUGUAGAACUGGUCAAAAAAAAAUGUCUUCAACCUUUUUUCAAUGAAAAUUUGGUUUUUGACCAAAUUAAAAUUUUUGAUGUUUUUGUCAAAGAAAACAAAAAAUAGUUGGCUGAAAACUGAAAAAUAUUAUUUUGUUGAAAAGCUUAUAUUUUUUUCUUGGAAAAUUUUGAUAAAAAUAAAAAUAAAAUAAAAAAUUGAAAUUUUCACUUGGGGAAAAAACAUUUUCUGACCAGCUCAUAAUUAUAAAAAACUAUAAAAAAAUGCAAGUAUGCAAAACUCUAGACAUUACAGAUAUGUAUCGUUAAAGGAUCAUUAUUAUCUUUUUCAGACUUAUAAGCAAUAUACUUUUUAGAUAUUUAGUUUUGGUUUAAAAUGUCUAACUGGGUUUUAAAAAACACUCUGACAUUUAAUGUCAAUCACAAAAAAAAAUGCUGCAACAGUUGUAAAAUUAAGGAUUAUUUCUUCCAGUCUUGAUCGCUCUUCUCUGUAAGUAGAGCCACUGACAUCAAUGGGAGUUCUUGCAGAGUAAGGUACAGUGGCGGCUCGCAUGCCUGGGGCGGCAAGCCGUGGGGGGCGCUUUGCCGGUCCCUGCGAGUGCGGUAGUCAGGGAGCCUUCGGCGGCAUGCCUGCGGGAGGUCUGCCGGUCCCGCGGAUUCGGCAGCAAUUCAGCGGCGGGUACGCCAAAGGCCGCGGGACUGGCGGACCUCCCGCAGGCAUGCCGCUGAAGGCAGCCUGCCUGCCGUGCCUGUGGCGGCAAAAAAGCUAGAGCCGCACCUGGUCAGGUACCUCUCUAAGUAACUUACAGUGGCAGAAUCUGGUGUAUAAUUGGCAGAAAAAAUCAGCAGUUCUCGUGUGUGACACUAAAGAAAGGGAAACAGGCAUGUUUCUUUUUUCUGCUUUGGCUUCUUUUAAGCCACAGUAAUCGCACAAAAAUAAAAACUCGAAGGAUACAAAUGAUGAGAAUGGUUCCUUUUUAUAGACUGAGUGGAAGGUAGCAAUUGUUGAGCCUCAUCAGAUUUGAUCCAGUCUAGAUAAGUCCACCCAAAACUGGAUGCAUAUCCAAACCUAGUGAGGUCCUCCUCCUUCUCCCCUGUCCUCCUAUCCUUCUCUCUCCUGCUUACCAGUUCAGCCAGGUCACUUUCCUUUGUCCUUCCCCUUAUUCCUGCUUCCUCUACCCCCGUCUACCUCUUCCUCUGCUCCUUCCCUCCAAGUACAAAUGAUUUCCUCCCCAUUUCCUGGCUAAAUCUGGUGACUCCUAUUACCAUUCUCCAUUGUCCAUCCAGCCCUCAUGCUUCACUUUCUCCAUAGCCUCUCCCCUAUAUUUAUCUCCCCAGAAUAAACCAGUGGUUUGCAGUUUCUGCUGGGCCCAGAGUGGCUCCUGUAUUCAAAUCUUGUGCACUCAUGGGCCAGGCUGGUUAAAAGUUUUCAAUCAAAACUGGUUUUGGUGGAAAUUUAUUUUUUUUAUUUUAAACAAAAAUCUCCAUAGAAAGUGUCUGCUUUCUGCACAAAAUUUGAGGGGUUAUUUGUGUUUUUGAGAGGUUUUUUUUAAUAAAAACUAGAAAAACAAAAGAUUUUGGGGUCUCAGUUGAAAAGUGCUCAGUUUAUCAACAGAAAGUUGAACUUUUUUUUUUAAGUGGGGGAUGGACAUUUUCCAACCAGAUCUCCUCAUGGGUCAGAGAUAUCUCAGAAUGGACUGGAUAUCCCUCACCGAAGGAGCGUGGGGAGCGUGGGACCAUGAGAGAUUUCAAUGCAGCAAUUGGUGAAAGCCCAGCAGAACCUGCCAGGAAUCUGACAGCUCCCUGAUGGGAAUAGCAGCUGAUGUAGGGGGCCCUGUGCGGAGUUAGAGGAGGCAAAAGAAACCUGGGGUUGGGAACAGAAAACAGUGGGAGUUUCCAAGUCUAGGCUGAAGGAUCUGGCUGGUUGACUGUAUAGGACUUGGAAGGGGGAGAAGGAGGAGACAAAUUUGGGUACAAAAGAGCAUUGGAUGGAGGUGUGAGGGCUCUUUAUCAAAGGUUCAGUUCAGUUUGGAAGAAGGAUUGAGGUUCAAAUGGGUGUGUAUAUUUUUCUGGUCCCGUACCUCAGCCCUAAUGGAUUCUAUUUGAUGGGGAUAGCACUAUUGCUGUGAAGGCACAGAUUGUUCAUGUUGAUUGUAAGCACUGAGGUUCUGGUCACUUAACCAAUAAUGAUAAAAGCACAGGACAUUUCCUGGGGAUUAAUGAUCAUCUGAAAGGAGAGGACUCCGUGUCCCAAGGUACAGCUGAAGGCCAGUAAUCCCUAUUGCUGAGGUCAUUGUUGCUAUUGUAAAGGGCAAUGAAAGGGGAUGGAUGUUGUUUAUGGGCGAUGCACUUUUUAAUUGGUCAGUAUAGGGUAUUUUUAGACCAUAAAUGCCCUCGCUAUGCCCCCAGUCCAAAGCCCACUGAAAUAAAUGUAAAUCCUCUCAUUGAGUUCAACAGGCUUUGGAUUGGGCCCUAUGUUAACCUGCCAGGAUUUUGACUCAUCUCGAGACAUUCCAUUGAGUUGACAAUCCAGUUCGUCUUUCUUAUUAUAUCAGUACUACAUGUAAACUGCCGUGGGAAGAUGUGUCAAAGAAAGAUGCAGGGUCCUUUUCUUUGUAGGAACAGAGAGGUCAGAGACCAUCACAACUGAGCUCUAUACUGCUGAAAUAUGAUUAAAUUUAAAAGAUUCUAAUCAAGAUGGAAAUGAGAUUAAAGUGAGUAGCACAUAAGCAAUAAACAAAUUAUGCACUGGCCCCAAUUUCAUUAUUUACCAGCAUAUUAUUUUAGUGCUGAGGUUAUGUUUUAU